AUGAUGUCUCGGAAGAAGAUCCUUCUUCUCUUCCUGCUGGCCUUCAGCACCGGAACGCUGCUCCUGCGCCAGAGCGCAAACUUCAGCUGGUUCCCAAAGUCUCCUCCCUUCAGCUGCGCGCCCUGGGUCUCCCCGCCCGCGAAGCACACCGCCGUGGCCUUCCUGAAGACCCACAAGACGGCCAGCACCACGGUGCAGAACUUGCUCUUCCGCUUUGCGGAGCGGCACAACGUGACGGUGGCCCUGCCCCACCACGCCUGCGACCACCAGUUCUGCUACCCCCACAACUUCUCGGCCCGCUUCGUGCACCCGUACACCCUCCCGCCCCGCCUCAUCGCCAGCCACCUGCGCUUCAACCGCGACGAGCUGCGCCGCCUCAUGCCCAACGACACCGUCUACAUCACCAUCCUGCGCGAGCCAGUGGCCAUGUUCGAAUCCCUCUUCAGCUACUACAAUCAGUACUGCCCGGCUUUCCGACGGGUACCCAACGGAUCUAUGGACACCUUCCUCAACAACCCGUCGCAGUACUAUCGUUCCAAUGAGAAGUACGCCAUGUAUGCGCACAACACCUUGGUGUACGACCUGGGGGGAGACCCCGAGCACAGCCCCGAAGACUCGACGUACCUCCCCAAAUUUAUCCGUCAAAUAGAAGGCAUUUUUUCUCUGGUGAUGUUGGCGGAGUAUUUCGACGAAUCGUUGGUCCUUCUCCGCCAUCUCCUCGCCUGGGACCUGGAGGACAUUCUCUACGUCAAGCUGAACAUGCGCAGCCUGGAGUCCAAGCUCAACAUCAGCUCGGCCCACGUGGCCGCGCAGAUCCGCGCCUGGAACGCCCUCGACGCCGCUCUCUACGACCACUUCAAUGCCACCUUCUGGAGGAAGCUGGGCAAGAUGGACCCAGGUUGCCUCCGGAAAGAGCUCCGGGCCCUUCACCAGGCCUGCGAGCGCCUGGCACGCCACUGCUUCCGCGGCCAGCCCCAGCUGCGCCCGGCCAUGCAGAUCAAGAACAAAGAGCUCCGGCCGUGGCAGCCCAGCGCCAAGGUGGACAUCGUGGGCUACGACCUGCCGGGUUCGGGCCCCCACUCGGACGAGCAGUGUCUCAAAUUGGUCAUGCCGGAGGUGCAGUAUUCCCGCUACUUGCUAAGGAAGCAGAGCCUCAAAAACCGCCGUCGCGCCGUCCCCCAUCGGCCCCUCUCGCCCCGAGGACUCCUACCCCCCCCUCGGCACCCGGCCGUCAAAGCUUCCUGA